AUGGAUAUGAUAAAGAUUGGUAUAAAUGGUUAUGGUCGUAUUGGCCGUUCGGUGCACAGGGCCGCGUUACUGCGUGAUAAUAUCCAAGUUGUGCACAUUAACGACCCCUCAAUGACGCCAGAAUAUGUUAAGUAUCUUCUACAGUAUGACUCUGUUUACGGGAAACUCCCGUACACAUUGCUGCUCGAGGAAAAUUUCCUACUCCUAAACAAUACAAGAGUAAAUCUAACAUUUGAGAGAGACCCUGGCAGCAUUAACUGGACUGAUACGGACGUGGUUCUGGAGUGUACGGGCAUUUUCAAGACUACAGAGCUGUCAACUCGGCACCUGGAUGCCGGAGCCAAAUUGGUAAUAAUCUCCGCCAUACCAUUGGAUAACACGCCACUAUUUGUCUACGGUAUUAACCACACCAACUAUGACAAAUCUGUGCGUAUAAUGUCAAAUGCAAGUUGUACUGCCAAUUGCCUAGCACCAGUUGUCAAGGUUUUACAUGAGAAUUUCGGGGUUCAGGAGGCACUUGUCAGCGCAAUCUGGCCCAACAUGGCCAGACAAAAUUUGAUUGAUUCAGUUCCGAGACCGGGCGAGUUCGCCCGUUGUGGCCGCACUGCCGGUGUUAAUAUUGCUCCAGUGCCAAUCCCAGCAGCAGAAGCUGUAGCCAGAGUAAUCCCAGGCCUCAACGGGAAACUCAAGGGAAUUUCAUUUUUUGUACCCGUACACGCCGUAGCAGCUGUUGAUUUAACUGUGAAACUUAUUAACCCAACCACCUAUGACCAGAUUUGUACGGCUAUAAAGAGAGCGUCGGAGGGUGAGUUGAGGGGAAUCUUGGGUUACACUGAGGAGCAAGUAGUUUCAUCAGACUUUAUAGAGGAAAAAAGAUCAAGUGUGUUUGAUACAAAGGCUGGAAUACAGUUGAACGAGACAUUUGUAAAGUUAGUCUCGUGGUAUCAUAACGAGUUUGGAUAUUCCAAUCGAUUAUUAGAUCUGGCACAGUACGUGGUCCAGAUUUACAAUUCUUAA